AUGAAAAUCAACCUUGUUAUUCUGAGUUUGAUAGCCCUCCUCUUGAUUUCUUCAACCUUAUUAGUGGAGGCUAGAAGUAGGAAUAAUGAAGAAGAGAAGAGAAGAAGCCAAAGGAGAAGCCGCAGUGGCAGCGUAGGAAGAAGUGGAAGUCGAAGAAGAAGCAGUGGGGGAAGAAGAUCAAGAGGAAGGUCUUCGUCUUCAUCGGGUACUUGUGAUCCUUUAUUUUCAUAUCUCUUUGGAAGUUGUGGACAAUGGCCUUUCCCUCGAAAUUCACCAAACAAUCCAUUUCAACAACCGGUUUCUCCUUCUCCGUCACCUCGCCGCCCAUCUCCGCCAUAUCGUCCUCCGGUAGUGCCGUCUCCUCCGCCAGUUGUUCCAUCUCCACCACCCGUCGUUCCUUCACCUCCGCCACUCGUUACACCAUCACCUCCACCAGUUGUUUCCUCUCCUCCGCCGGUCGUAACACCAUCACCACCACCUGUAGUCUCUUCUCCGCCACCAUCACCACCACCGGCCUCCCCUCCACCAGCCUCACCACCUCCUCCGUUAUUUCCAUCUCCGCCACCACCAAUACCACCACCACCUUUAGUUCCUUCUCCACCUCCACCAGUAUCUCCACCAUUCUUUGUCUUCCCACCACCACUAGUUCCUUCGCCACCUCCACCAGCAGUACCUGUCUUCCCUUGGUUCUCCCCUCCUGACCCAGACCCCACUCCCGAUUUUCCAAUAUUUUCUCCUCCCCCGGCGCCAUUGGUACCGGAUUUCCCUCCCGCAACACCUCAAACACCAGAUUUUCCACCAGAAACUCCACUUGUGCCUAUAUUUACUCCACCACAACAAGAUUUUCCCCCAUCUACACCACUUGUCCCCAUAUUUUCUCCACCAGAACAAGAUAUUCCCCCUGCUGAACCACUUGUCCCCAUAUUUUCUCCACCUCCAUUUUUCACUCUUCCACCACCCGAACAAAAUUUACCUCCAGCUACACCACUUGUCCCCAUUUUUCCGCCAGCAGAUGACCCGCCAGUGAUUCCUGAUCAACCACCAAACAGUUUUCUGCCUUCGCCAUUUAUUCCUGAUCAACCACCUAUCAAUUUUCAGCCAUCACCGGUGGUUCCUGAGCAACCACCUUACAAUUUUCUUCCUGAUCAACCACCAAGCAGUUUUCUGCCAUCACCUUUGAUUCCUGAUCAACCACCAAACAAUUUUCUGCCAUCUCCAGUGAUCCCUGAUCAACCGCCAGAAACGUUUGUACCUUCACCGUUGGUUCCGGAUGAAGCUCCACCAGUUGCAGUGAUUCCGCCAUUUGAGCUUCCGCGCCACAGCCAGACUCGACACCAUUAA